AUGCCAACCUCAAUCGAUAACAAGUUCGUUCCAACUUCACUGGCAGCAGCAGCAGCAGCAGAGCCUGAAGCGGGCUCAGACGACGAUUCGACCAUCGAGAUCUCCAGGCCGGCCACAGUCACAGAGCUGGUGGGAGAUGCUCGCUGCCUCUCCUGUAUGCGGGCGGGCAGUAGAUGUCACGUAGAGCAGGGCUCGGCGUCCUGCUUGCAGUGCUCUGUGCCAGAUGGCUGUGUCUUUGAGCGCCUCAUAGUGGUCAAGGGCCGUGUCCUUGAUUUUGCAUGGUCUGACCUGAUCGGUCAAACAUCCACCAUCAGGAGACGAUCGGCUUCCACUGUUGCGCCGCCAGCCAAGGAGGCUGUACGCCAACCGAUUCUCCCUACAAUACGUGACAUCCUCCAUCAGGAUCUCCAGGGACAUGUCCACGCCAACGAUUCUGCUGUUGGGAGAAUGCAGCGCCCCUCUUAUAGUCCACAGGACAACGGCCUCGCUGCCGGUGAACAGAACCCUUCGAAAGACGAUGCUCACACCAACAUCUCAGAAUUGUCUCCACAAAAUGGCAACUCCAUGGCUUUAGGACAAUCACAGAACGUCCAUGAAACGGCUUCGCUCGACGAGAGACUGCCACAUGCUGCGGCAACAGUGCUGGUCGCCGCUGCAAGAGAUGGGCGCACGAGCAUCGGAAGACUGAGCAGUCUGAUAGACCUCGAAUGUGGCGAUUGCGGCUACCGUGCAAAAAGCCGCUCAGACCUUAAAAAACACCUUGCGCGCCACAACCGCGAUCACAAAUGCCCAAUCCAGGGCUGCCCGCAGAAGUGGAAGGGCUUUGCCACCCGCAACGACCUGGACAGGCAUCUAUUCGUCAUCCACAGGAUCAACAACAGGAAAUUAAAAUCCUACAAGUGCUUCGGGAGAGACUGUUCAAGGCCGCAGAAGGAAUGGCCUCGACUGGAUAACUUCAAGCAACACCUCAAAAAGAUGCAUUCGAGGGAGAGCGAGGAGGUCCUACUCCAACAAUCUAAUGAAUGGUAUGAGCGUCAGCUAGCCCAACAGCUUGAGCAUGGUACCCUAAGAGUUUCCCCAGCGGCCGAGGCUGCUGCAGUUCAGGUCUCAGCCCCUGGGAGGGUUUCUUGUGCCAAUGGCAAUCGCACCGACAGCGACUCUGCUGUAGAGGUCUCUUGA